AUGGUUCGUUUCAGAAUGGAAGAUAUUGACUCGAUCCUCGAGCCUCUCCGCCUUUCGGUAAAAGAACAAGGUGAUAUCGUCCGAGAACUGAAGGCGCAAAAAGCUCCUGAGCUCGACAUCAAAACUGCCGUCGCCGAACUCAAGAAGCGAAAGAAGGCGCUGCAAGACAAGGAAAAUGAACUGGUCGCCGCAGAAGCUCCUUUCGAUCGAGUACAAUUCGAAGCAUGUUUGAAGAAGCGAUUUUUCUUCGGCCAAGCGUUCGAGAUCUACGGCGGCGUGGCGGGCUUGUUCGACUACGGACCGGUCGGAUGCAUGCUGAAAAACAACGUGAUCGAUCUUUGGAGAAGACAUUUCAUCACGAACGAUGACAUGUUAGAAGUAGAGUGCACGAUGAUGACUCCAUCAAAAGUGCUGGAAGCGUCGGGACAUGCGCAGAGAUUUGCAGAUUUGAUGGUCAAAGAUUUGACGAAUGGAGAUUGCUUCAGAGCUGACCACCUCCUGGAAGCCGCGAUCGAAAAAGCCUUGACAGACAAAACAACUUCGGAAGAACUAAAAGCCGACAUGCGGGCCACUUCUCCCCUCAUCGAAGGUUUUUCAAAAGAAGAACUGGGCGCCAAACUGAGCCAGUACAAAGUAAAGUCUCCUUCCAGUGGCGGCGACAUUUCCGAACCGAUGGAAUUCAACUUGAUGUUUCGCAGCGAAAUCGGCCCGACCGGGGCGCAACCAGCUUUUCUUCGCCCAGAAACGGCGCAAGGCAUCUUUUUGAAUUUCAAACGCUUACUGGAUUUCAACAACGGAAAGUUGCCUUUUGCUGGAGCGCAGAUUGGGCAUUCUUUCAGAAACGAAAUCGCUCCUCGAGCAGGUCUGAUCCGCUGCCGAGAAUUCCAAAUGGCCGAGAUCGAGCACUUCUACGACCCAGCAGAUGCUUCUCACUCCAGCCUCGAAAGCGUCAAAGAACUAAUCCUUCCUUUCUUCACGAAAGAUGCGCAAAUGGGUGGUGGAAAAUUGACCAAAUGUUCGAUCGGCGAAGCGCUGAAGAAUGGAGUUCUUUGCAACGAAACUUUGGCUUAUUUUAUCGGUAGAAUUUUCUUGUUUGCGAAGGCAAUCGGCAUUGAUCCUGCUAGAAUGCGAUUCAGACAGCACAUGGACAAUGAAAUGGCCCACUACGCAAAAGACUGCUGGGAUCUCGAAUGCCGAACCUCCUACGGCUGGGUAGAGUGCGUCGGUUGCGCCGACCGCUCCUGCUUCGAUCUCCAAUGCCACGCCGAAGCUUCCAAAGUCAAUUUGCAAGCAGAGCGCACUCUUCCUCAACCAAUCGAAAAAGAAGUCUUUGAAGCGAUUCCGGUAAAGAAGUUCAUCGCCAAGCAGUUCAAAAAAGACACUCCCGCGGUGACAGAAGCGAUUGUUUCAGCCGACGCCGCCGAUUUAGAAAAACAAUUCGAAAACAGCGAAAAAAUCACACUCGCUGGCUUCGAAAUCAGCAAAGAAAUGAUCCAGUUGAAAAAGAGCGUCAAGAAAUUCCACACAGAGUCGUUUACCCCAUGCGGAGAGGAGGUUUUCACGAUUCCACCGCUCGUUGCGCCCUACAAAUGCUCCGUCUUGCCGCUUUCGAAUAAACCCGAGUUUGAUCCGUUCAUCAACACUAUUUCUUCCGGUCUAAAGAGCCUGUCAGUAGCCCACAAAGUCGACAAAUCAUCUGGAUCAAUUGGAAAACGAUACGCUAGAACAGAUGAAAUCGCAGUUCCAUUCGGCGUCACCGUCGAUUUCCACACCGUGAAAAUUACGCCAGCUACGGUGACCCUUCGAGAUCGAGACACGCUCGAUCAAAUUCGAGUGCCAGUUCAAGACACAGCGAAUUUGAUCAAUGAGAUGGCCAGCCAGCGGCAGUCCUGGGCACAAGUUGCGGCAAGAUACCCUUCCCAAGACGACUGGCUCAAGGAAAAUCCUCUAGAAUAA